AUGGGGAAGGAGAAGACGCACAUCAACAUCGUGGUCAUCGGGCAUGUGGACUCUGGGAAAUCCACCACCACCGGGCACCUCAUCUACAAAUGCGGGGGCAUCGACAAACGGACCAUUGAGAAAUUUGAGAAGGAGGCUGCCGAGAUGGGGAAGGGGUCAUUCAAAUACGCCUGGGUGCUGGACAAGCUGAAGGCUGAGCGUGAGCGUGGCAUCACCAUUGACAUCUCGCUGUGGAAGUUUGAGACCACCAAGUACUACAUCACCAUCAUCGACGCCCCUGGCCACAGGGACUUCAUCAAGAACAUGAUCACUGGGACCUCCCAGGCUGACUGUGCUGUCCUGAUCGUCGCUGCCGGUGUGGGUGAAUUUGAAGCCGGCAUCUCCAAGAACGGGCAGACCCGUGAGCACGCCCUGCUGGCUUACACCCUGGGGGUGAAGCAGCUCAUCGUGGGCAUCAACAAGAUGGAUUCCACAGAGCCACCCUACAGCGAGAAACGCUACGACGAGAUCGUCAAGGAGGUCAGCGCCUACAUCAAGAAGAUCGGCUACAACCCAGCCACAGUUCCCUUCGUGCCCAUCUCGGGCUGGCAUGGAGACAACAUGCUGGAGCCCUCUCCCAAUAUGCCUUGGUUCAAAGGCUGGAAAGUGGAGCGCAAAGAAGGCAACGCCAGUGGGGUGUCCCUGUUGGAGGCCCUGGACACCAUCCUGCCCCCGACCCGCCCCACAGACAAACCCCUGCGCCUGCCCCUCCAGGAUGUCUACAAGAUUGGAGGGAUUGGCACAGUCCCUGUGGGCCGAGUGGAGACCGGAAUCCUGCGGCCCGGCAUGGUGGUCACCUUUGCCCCUGUGAAUAUCACCACUGAGGUGAAAUCUGUGGAGAUGCACCACGAGGCCCUGAGCGAGGCUCUGCCUGGCGACAACGUCGGCUUCAACGUGAAGAACGUCUCAGUGAAGGACAUCCGCCGCGGGAACGUCUGUGGGGACAGCAAGUCGGACCCGCCGCAGGAGGCAGCGCAGUUCACGUCUCAGGUGAUCAUCCUGAACCACCCUGGCCAGAUCAGUGCUGGCUACUCGCCCGUCAUCGACUGCCACACCGCACAUAUCGCCUGUAAGUUUGCUGAGCUGAAGGAGAAGAUUGACCGGCGCUCCGGCAAGAAGCUGGAGGACAACCCCAAGUCCCUGAAGUCGGGUGAUGCAGCCAUCGUGGAGAUGAUCCCUGGCAAGCCCAUGUGUGUGGAGAGCUUCUCCCAGUACCCACCUCUUGGCCGCUUUGCUGUCCGUGACAUGCGGCAGACCGUGGCCGUGGGCGUCAUCAAGAACGUGGAGAAGAAGAGCGGUGGGGCUGGGAAAGUCACCAAGUCUGCCCAGAAGGCCCAGAAGGCUGGCAAAUGAAUCGUGGGCUCCCAGUGCAUCGCGCAGAAACCAUCCCUGACACCAGGACGCUGCCACCGUCUCCCCCGGGCGCACGUGUGCACAUCAGCUUGUAAGAGUUUAUAUGUCAACGACUGGAUGCUCACCAUUAAGGUCCAGUGGAAAUUCUUUAAAAGGAAAAGCAUGUUCCAGCGUUUGUGAGGCUUCAUGUUAAUUUUACCAAUAAAACUGGUACAACAUCCACCAUGGAAAAAAAAAAAAAAGAAAAAGAAAAAAAAAAAACAAACCAAAACCAGACAAAUUCCCC